AUGGCAGACACCAGAAUGGACGAGUAUGGCAGUGUUGUUGCCUUCGAAGGCCCCCUCGACGUUGUGUCAACUCAGCUCCGACUGCUGCCAACCUCACCCCAGAUUCUCAUUCUUCCCGCGAUUCAGCACUACAUUCCCAGUAAUGACUCGGACAAGGCGUUCGAGGUGCGGGCCUAUGUUCGAAAGGUUCACGAUGCCCUUUCCGCCCGUCAUGAAGCUGCACGAUGCUUCUUACAUGGAGCAACGACGUCGAACAAGCGACUGGCAUUUCUUAACGGUGGCACGCCCAGUGCCCACGCCCUCUGUAUCAAAGCUAUCAUGAAGCACGAGACGAGUGGAGACAGGGUAGAGGCGGAAGCUGUUUACGCCCAGUUGGCCAAGGACGGCCUGGCCGGUCUCGAGGCUAAGAGCCAAAUUCACAGCCACGCCAUUUCUGGAGAUGCCGCAACGUUCAACGAAGAGUUCAAUGAUCCCAUAACGAGGGCCAUGAGAGCCGCCGAUGACCUGGACCGACAAACAGCCAACUUGCAACCACAUGACUUGCUCGACCUUGCCGCGACUACUCGGCCGCGAAGUCUGAGCCUACCGCUGUACGGCUACUCGGAUGGCUUUGGCGACGCAGCUCCGUUUUUCCUCUUUGGCGCGCAAGUUGAGGACGAAGAAGCUAUGGAUGACGACGGCCCUCUGACCCCCGAAGCGCCAACCUUUGCCGCCGUUGACUACAACCGACCGUCGAAAAGGCUGAUGCUGGACUCUGCAGAGAUCAGGCCGGCGUCGCCCUGUGGCGUUGUCCACAAAUCUCCAGUCAGCUCGAGCCUUCGGGUGUCCCGUGACAUUGAAAUGCUCUCUCCCAGAUCCGAAUUACUCAAUGCCGGCACACAUGAUCGCAGGGGAAGCGGAGAUUCUAUGACGCACGACCUGCGCGCAUCGGUUGGGAGCUCUAAGGGAGCGCCGCACAGAGUCAGGUCACUGGAUAGAAUCUACCCGCUCAGUGCCAAGUUGAGAGACCUUUGCAUCUCAGAAGCUUCCGCAGAGAUGGAAGCAGAGCCUAAUGCUGCCCGCCGUUCCCAGUCUUUCAUGGUCUCGGGCGAAGAGGAGCCUACGCUUAUCCGGAGGAUAAGUUACAUCGAUCGACGACGAACGGUCCGAUCCAAGGGUCGCCAACCGUCGAUCAAAGUUGACCAGAAUCUCCUGGACAGAAAGACGAGAAAAGGCCACAAUACCAUUGGGGCCUUCCCGGGGACUGAGGAACCCUUCCAGCCAUUACUGCCUUGGGUGGAAGACCUAGUUGUAUACUUCAAGGACGAAACGCCAAGCCCCUUGCUCUCUUCAAUCAUCAAAUCGUUCAAGGCCGGCAACUAUCCCAUCCUGUCGUCUUCCUCAUACUCUCCGAUAAUUCCUGGUGCAACGACCCUUCACCAGCCCACCGCACUUGACCAAAGAUAUCACGACAGAGCUCACGAGACCUCUGUACUAAACACAGCAGCAGAUGAUGAUGAUCUGAAUCCCUUCACGCACAUUCGAGAAGUGCAUCCGCCGAAGAGAAUCGUUCCGACGGUUAACGUCGUUCGGCCUCCGACGCCAGCACAAACACCACCUCCCUGCAUCGCAAAGGAGGAUAAGUUCUACGAUCUCGAGAUUAUAUCUGGGCAGACUGCCGUCGCCAUCCAGAACUCGCUUCGAUCGAUUUUGAGCAAGUACUUUUCCCCAGAAUCAGAGGGCUACCGCCAAUUCCAAUUUUCUCUGCUUCCCGAGUUCGGUGGGAUGUGGAAGCCGGUCUUUCGAGAAACCGAGUCUCGACACUCGCAAAAGGAGCCCAACCGAAGAGUCGAUCCCAUUCUGGCGAUUGGGUCUCAACAAGGUGUGGACAAAGUGUAUUCGUCCGGAAUCGUCAAGCGGCUGGAGUCAAUUGGUACGAAAUCGAGUGAUCGCCAGGGCCGCAGCGGUCGGGUAGAUUUCCGCAGGUACCUACUUGCCAAUGCCAUGCAAGCAUUCACGGCUCUUCCUCUGACGAACCAGACAUCCGAUAACCCGUUCACCAACUCGUACCUUCUGGCGACGCUGCUUAUUCCCCAUCUUGAAUCGUACUUGGCACUCCACCCAGAGAUCCGGUAUCUCUUGCUGGAGUACCCGCCCGAACACUUGCCCACCAUACUGGCCUUGCAGAAGUUGGCAGGCGUAGAGUUCAUCAAGGUGGCCCAAAUUGUUGACCCUAACAAGCCGGACCGCCUACCGUUCACACAGAUCGGAGGCCCUGCCAUUGGAGCCAAAGCCGAUGCCAAAACACCCAGUCUCUCACCACAGGCAUCGAGCACGGAUAUUACAGUCUCCAACGCAAAUUUCUUGCUUGCGUCUACAGCUACUGACAAAGACAUUGCAAAGUUCAUCUCUACCGUCUGGAACAUCCACGUUGAGGACGGCGUCUCCGGGUCUCCGCCUCGAAAGCAAACCUCGCCCGACAGAAACAGCAGGAAGUCGAGACCCGCCCCGUUGGAUGCCCUGUUUACCAGGUUCUCAAUGUCCACCGAGCUCGAACCAUCGCCUACCUCAGCUGAAGCCUCUUCCAGUCCUGGAUCGCUGACGCUGUCUUCUCGGCGCCCGUCGUUUACGGACAAUCUUAUGACACCUCAGUCAGACACAGUACAGAGUCGUGAAUUCACGCGGCGACAGCUCCGUGGUGACGUGCUAUCAAUGGCUACCUUUGAUAGUGCAGAUACCGAGUUGGAUCUGGAGGAGCGUAGGCUCAUGCCCAUGUUCAUGAAACCCGCCGAACCGAAGAAUAAUACCCGGAAAGCUCUCAAGUUUCUAGGCUUGGAAUAG